GCACGACAACUCAUCUCUACUCUCACUCGACCCACAUCGCUUCUUCGCUGCACGUAUACGUGUAUAUAUAUAAAUGCCUCACACGGAUGCACCGAUCACACUCGAUUGCCUCAUCCUCCAGAUCGAUCGAGCUCAAGCUACAGACUGAACCAGCGGCGGAAACUCAAGCUACAGACUCAACGAUCAAUGGCGCCGACGGCGAUGAGCCCUGCAGCAGCAGCAAGGAGCGGCGGCGGGCACGUGCGGUCAGCGAGCGUGCCGAGCCAGCGGCACCCGCUGCUGCGCCACGUGGACGACCAGCUCCGGGCCUUGCGGGCCUGGACCGCCGACCCGGCCCGCCAGAGCUGCCCGCUCUCCCUGGCCCACGUCCGCGCCCUCCUCUGCGUCCUCGACGAGCUCCUCCUCUCCCACGCCCUUCAACUCUCUGCCUCCCCCGUCUCCGGCAGCGGCACCCUCCUCCUCGACGGCUUCCUCGCCCUCGCCGACGCCUACGGCUCCUUCCUCGCCGCGCUCCUCGCACUCCGCCACCACGCCGCCGACCUCCGCGCCGCCCUCCGCCGCCGCUCCGACGACGACACGGCCGCCAAGACCAAGCUCGAGGCCGCCGCCCGCGCGCUCCGCCGGGCCGCCAAGGAACUCGCCAGCCUCGCCGCCCGCUGCGCGCAUACGCCAACCCACGCCGGCGCCGGGGAAGACGGCGGCGAGCUGACCGGGACGGUGGCGGAGGCCGUCGGCGAGACGGCGGCGGCGUCCGCGGCCGUGUUCCUCCAGGUCGCGUCCCUCGCCGACGCCGCCGCAGCCAUGGCCAUGGCUUCGUCUUCCUCUUCCUCUUCCGCCAUCUCCUCCUCGUCGUCGUCGUCGCCGCCCAAGAAGAAGAGGCUGGCCACGCUGCUGGCGCACGCGCCGGCGAGGAGCGGCGGGCUCAAGAAGGCCAUGGAGGAGCAGCAGAGGGACGCGGCGGAGAAGCUGCGGGAGCUGGAGCAGUGCGUGGGGGAGCUGGAGGGCGAGAGCGAGAAGGUGUUCAGGAGCCUCCUGCAGACCAGGGUCUCCCUGCUCAACAUCCACACGCCCACAAUCUAAUUUAGCUGCAUACAUAUACAUUACAUACAUACAGGAUUGGUUAAGAGAUUAAUUUUAGAUUUUCAUGAAUAACUGUGAGGGGAUCAAGUGUGUACGUAGGCGUCCUUGAUCCUUUGGUACUCCGGCGUGAGAUACUGCAACAAAUCACCAGAGAAUGCAGAGAUCUCAAGAUGAAAGGUUUAAUCAGUUAUGCUGCAAUAAUUAAAAACAACUGAGAUGAUUUUCUUUUUGAAAAAAAUUAAGAAUAUGUUA